AUGUUUGGCGCAUUAAAUCGCUUCAUCGGCCGCCUUGACGGGGAGCCCGGACAACCAUCUCGAAAUGGCCCUAGUGACAGCGCAUUCGGUUUCCAGGUCCUCCGCAACAAAGACCCAGAGCUCCCUCUGGAGCCCUGGUUUGACUUUAUUGUAGGCAUCAACGGCCAUACAAUUGAAGAUCCAGACCCAAACCUCUUUGCGACCGAGUGCCGUAAUUGCGCUGGAGGAAGCUUGACACUAGAAGUGUGGAGUGCGAAGGGUCAACGUACACACACAGUUUCUCACCCCGUAUCGGCAACGAAUCCCUCCCUCGGCCUUGCGCUGCAGCUUGCUCCUCUAUCCUCUACUCAGCAUAUCUGGCAUGUUAUUGCAAUUCCAUCGCCACUCAGUCCCGCAUACCGAGCUGGCUUGCUGCCAUACUCAGACUACAUCAUCGGGACCCCGAGCGGGACGUUAAGAGGGGAGUCAGCACUCGGCGAGUUGGUCGAAGACCAUCUGAAUCGCACACUGAUUCUAUGGGUUUACAACAGCGAAUUCGAUGUGGUUCGUGAGGUGGAGCUUGUUCCUACAAGAGGCUGGGGCGGGGAAGGUGCCCUUGGUGCUGAGCUAGGAUACGGUGCUCUACACCGAUUACCCGUCGGACUCGGAGAAGAGGUUAAUGGGCCCGGGGAGGUCGUCUUCGAGACCCGCGAGGAUGGCACGGCUGCCCCAGUUGGCGGCCCUGAAAGCUCUGUGCCGGGCAUGCCGGCUCCCUCGAGUAACUACCUUGUGCCAGCAAACAUGGCAUCGCCGCCGCCCUUGGCCUCUGCGCAAGCAAGAGUUGCCUCUCCGUCAGAGAGUAGAUCGCCGGCCGGUCGUCGUGCGGGGAGAUCACGGCCAGCUGCCUCGCCCAAUAGGGCCUUUGAUGAUUACUUUGCUGAAGGUGAAGAGAAGAGCCGGGCACAAGAUCAUGCGCCGUCACGACAUGGAACUCCUCUGGCCCCGCCGCCGAAGGUCGGAGUUUCGCCGUCUCAUGCGGAGAGUCCUGCAACGAUAGGAUCACCAGGACCCGCACAGGAAGAAUGA